AUGGCGACGACCAUAGAGAGUGGCAAUGCCGGAGGAGCGAAUAAAAAGAAACAUCUCGGAAUCCCUGAAGCUAUAUUUGUGGAGGAUGUGGAUUCUUUUAUGAAGCAGCCGGGUAAUGACACUGCAGACGCGGUGCUGAGGAAGCUCGAUGAACAGUAUCAGAAAUACAAGUACAUGGAACUCAAUUUGGCUCAGAAGAAACUGAGGUUGAAAAAUCAGAUCCCACAAAUUAAGCAGACAUUAGAAAUCUUACGGCACAUGCAGAAGAAAAAAGACACCACAGAUCCCAUGGAAACACACUUCUUAUUGGCAGACAACGUAUACUGUAAGGCUUCGGUCCCGCCCACAGAUAAAGUCUGUUUGUGGCUAGGGGCUAAUGUCAUGUUGGAGUAUGACAUCGAUGAAGCUCAGGCCCUGCUAGAGAAAAACCUGGCCACGGCCUCCCGAAAUCUCGAAGCCCUUGAGGAGGACCUGGACUUCCUCCGAGACCAGUUCACCACCACUGAAGUCAACAUGGCAAGAGUCUACAACUGGGACGUGAAGAGGAGGAGCAAAGAUAACCUCUUGAAAUCCACCGAGCAGUCUUAGGAUCAUCUGCCCCAAAACGACC